AUAUUACACCACGCAAGUUACACAAGUGAAGUAACACAAUCAACUAAUUAACAAAACCAUCAAACCAAUGGAAGUCAUUAUCCAAGAAACUUCAACAAUUCACCCUUCCAACCCUCCCUUCGACCACCCCCACACCCUCCCCCUCACCUACCUCGACACCGACCUCAACCUCAAUGUCACCUUUCGCUACUUCCGUGUCUACGCCAACCAAUCUCAACACCAACCCGACCCAUUUAAUGUUAUCACUACCGCCAUAGGGACCGCCCUCGGUCCCUAUUACCCUCUCACCGGUACCCUCCAACGUACAGUUGGUGGCUGGUUUGAGUUGUAUUGCACCCCAGGAAAGGGUCUCCCCAUUAUAAGGGCCUCCAUGGACUGCUCCCUGGAGUCCCUUAACUACUUAGAUGACCCGGACAACACUCUCGCCGAGUCACUAGCCCCGAACCCGGGUACUACAGAAGCAAUGAAGCAUCCCAUGAUAUUACAACUUACUUUGUUUAAGUGUGGUGGGUAUGUUCUUGGGUCAGCUGUUCAUAACAUGUUAUGUGAUGGGUUAGGUGCAUCCGAGUUUUUUAAUGGGGUGGCUGAGUUGGCUCGAGGAGCGACUCAGCUUCCGGUUGAACCGGUUUGGGAUCGAGCUACUUUGCUUGGUCCAAGAGAACCUCCCCGAGUAGAGUUUCCGUUCGAUGAGUUAUUGAGUUUGGAUAAAGAGUUUUCGCCUUAUUUGCAAAAUGUUGGACCGACUGUUAGGGUUUGUGUCCCAGUGUUAGAGAAAUGUUUGGACCGGUUUAAGGAGUACUUGUUUGAACGGUCCGGUUCGCGGUUUACCACGUUUGAAGCCUUGGGUGCUUUCAUAUGGCGAGCAAGGGUGAAAGCAUCAAAUAUACCAAACGAUACAAAAGUCAAGUUUGCAUACUUAAUGAGCAUAAGAAAGCUACUAAGUCCACCCCUACCUAGGGGAUAUUGGGGCAAUGGAUGCAUGCAAAUGUACGUUCAACUCACUGCUGGAGAAGUAACCCAUCAACCCAUUUGGGAGACUGCAACCCUGAUUAAAAAUAGCAAGUACAACGCAACCGACGAAUACGUGAGAUCGUACAUCGAUUUCCAGAAGAACAACUACGACAAGGGGAUAACGGCGGGGAAGGAGGUGAGUGGGUUUACUGAUUGGAGGCACAUUGGUCAUUCAACGGUUGAUUUCGGAUCGGGUGGUCCGGUUACGGUUUACCCUCUUUCCAAGCAUUUUUUAGGGAGUAUUGAGCCAUGUUAUUACUUACCUUAUUCUAGUAAUGAUAAAGGGAAGAAAGAUGGUGAUGGGUUUAAGGUUUUGGUGUGCUUGAGAGAGUUUGCUAAGGAUGAGUUUAUGGUUGAAAUGGAUAAGUUUAGUAGAUUGGAGUUUUGAGUUUUGUUAAUUAAUUGCUAAGCUAUUGUAUUUGAAUUUGGCCUUAUUAAUAAUACAGUAUAGAUUUUGGUUUGUCUAAUUUUAUAUCCUUAAUACUACCUCCGUUAAAUAUUAUGUGCAACGUUGUAACAAA